GAUAUCUUGUUUCCAUAUUUUGCGUGAAUGAGAUUGUACACUUGACAUUAGAUUUUUUAUAGCGAGCCCAAAACAGUUUUUGUGGCCCGUUUUCGUAUAGCUUUUAUGGGACUGGUCAAGGUUGAAGAUUUCGGGAGCCGUAUAGAUCGAUUGAGUGUGAGUGCACGAAAUUUUAUUCAUUUGGUUUCUAACAGCGUAUACGGUUCACAGUUAUUUUUAGUCUUCGUUACAUUUUUUCUACUGUCAACUUCAACUUUCGUCAUGGCUGAAGAAAACAAACACUUGACUGCCGUCCUCCAGGGUAAUGGACUGUUUACCAGAAACGCUUACCAGAUACUAGCCCAAGAAAAAGGCAAAAAUAUAUUUUUCUCACCUAUAAGUAUACACGCAAUUUUAUCUUUGGCUUCACAAGGAUCUGGAGGGAAAACACAAAAAGCAUUGACUAGCGCCCUCCAAGUUGCUGAUAUCGCAACGUUGGCCGAGGGCUACAAAGCAGCUAUGCUUAAGCUGAAUUCCGUUGAGGAUGUAACUCUACUUAUGGCUAAUAAGGUUUAUGUCAAAAAUGAAUAUGCAUUGAAAGAUGAGUUUAAAGACAAAGUUGUCAAUCAUUUCUUUUCCGAAGUUCAAAAUGUUGAUUUCUCCCAAUCAGCAGCAGCUGCUAAGACUAUUAACACCUGGGUUGAAGAAAAAACAAAAGAUAAAAUUAAGGAUUUAAUACAACCUGAUGAUUUGAAUGAUGACACCCGCUUGGUUUUGGUCAACGCCAUAUAUUUCAAAGGCAAAUGGGCUGCACCGUUCAAACCUGAGGACACAAAAACCGAGAAGUUCUACUUAAACGACAAUGAUUCGAUAGAUGUUCAAAUGAUGCAUACUAAAAAGAAGUUCUUCUUUAAAAACGAUGAAGCAUUAGAUGCCAAAGUCUUGGAAUUACCUUAUACCAACAAAGAUCUAAGCAUGAUCGUGAUAUUGCCUAAUAAGAGAAACGGUAUUAAUGAGUUGGAACUUAAAUUGGCUAAUACUGAUCUAACUAAGAUCACGGAAAAUAUGUUUAGGCCAGACGUUAUCGUUGCUUUGCCCAAGUUUAAAAUUGAAACCACCAUCAAUUUGGAGGAGCCUCUCACAAAGUUGGGUCUUGGCGUCAUAUUCAGUGAUCACGCGGACUUCACUGGCAUGCUUAAGAGUCCUGAACCACUAAAAGUUAGCAAAGUGAUUCACAAAGCGUUCAUCGAGGUUAACGAGGAAGGCGCUGAAGCAGCAGCAGCUACUGCUAAAACCAUUAUGAAGAGAUGCAAGCCUAGAAUUAAAGAAGUCAUUGCCGAUCAUCCUUUUUAUAUGUGUCUUGCAUUGAAAGAACAUGCCGAAAAUGGAGACACUUCGUUACAUUUAUUAUUUAACGGAAGAAUCGGGCGACCUGUUUCGAAAGUUUAGAACUUAGAUCGUCUUAGUGUUGUGUACUUGAUAAAUUAUGUAUAGUUUGUUGUGGUACUAGUUUGUAUAUCUUCUGUGUUAUGGACUGCUUGUACGACAAACGUUUGUAUUUGAUAAACUUGUUUCCAGUGCCGCGCCAGCACGUGUUAGCGCCUGUGUGCAAAACAUUUAAUGGCGCCCAAAAAUAUGCAUUUUUGUUAAAAUCUUCUCGUUAAAUUAAACAAUGUGACUACAAAUGAACAAUUAUUUAUUGUAACCAAACAAAAAUAACUAAAAAUUCUCCUGUAUGCAACAGGAAAAUAAACUAAUUAAAAAUUAACUAAAGAUUCUAUCUUAUAAAUAUUCUAAAAUAAAUAUCUAUUUCAGAAAAAAUUUACUUUUCGCGCCUUUUGUUAGGAAAAUCUUUUUAUAACAUGGUGAAUAUCAUCUAAUAUUGACGACUCUAUUCUAUAAUAGAGAUCUUCUUCUUUUGGUGCCUAUUCGUUUCGAAUAUUGGCGAUCAUUCUGGCUAUAAUUAUUUUAUUAAUUGAUGCUUUAAAUAGAUUAGUUGCUGUUGUGGAGAACCAUUUCCUCAGGUUCUUUAACCAUGAUAUUCUUCUUCUCCCAAUUCCUCGCUUUCCGAAUACUUUUCCUUGAAGGAUUACCUUCAGUAAUCUGUAUUUAGUGCCCUUCAUGUCAAUUGCGACAUAUACGCAUGUCGGUUGAUUACGAGAUAGCAUUUGAUCGGGUACAGCAUGCCAAAAUAAUGUAAAUACUAAAAGAAACAGGAAUUAACAACCAAGAUCUGAAAAUAAUUAGAAACAUUUACAGGAAUCAGACUGCAAGCCACAGAGUUAAAGGAGAACACACCGAAUACGUGAAAAUCAUGCGUGUCAUCAGUAUUUAAUUCUUUUAACAAAGGCUGAAGCUGUAUUAUAAUUCAUAUAUCUCUUCAAACAAAUCGUCUCCCUUUAUAUCUAGAUGAUCAUUAAAUCUCAGUUUUUUCCAAAUUUCUACACAAAAGUUUUAUUGUGAGUUUUCUGUAAUGUCGUUCAAAUUAUGUAAAAAUUUGAAACCAUUAACAUGAUUUUCCAUCCAACUUUGUAUGACAUUUUAGGAUCCAAAAUCGGGUCGUCUUUAUGUUCGUAAUCGAACUGUCAGCUUUUUUCCGAAGCCGUAACUGUGUGGUUGGUUGAUAACUGGGCUCCACAUCCAAUUUAUCUGCAGUUUCAUGUUUCAUUUGCUGUAGUAAUAAUAUCAUUUAAUUUGCUAUCUGUCCGAAACUUGAGCAACAAUUAUUGUAUUUCUUGUAAAGCAUAUUAUUCAUUGUUUUUUUUAUUGAAAAAUUUUGCUAACGAAGUUAACUUUCAUCAGAACUUUAUAAGGUAUAUAGACUGAGCAACUGAGCAUAUGAAUGUAAAUGUUCAUAUUUUAUCUACUGAACAUCUAGAUUGAUAUUUUUAAUCACGAUCUUUAUCCGAAUGUGUUAUGUGACAUAAAGCAUAAUAAAUUUCUUCCAAAAUUUGGUAUAAUGGCUUUAAAACAUCAAUUCUGCUGGACCAGUGUGUAUUAGAUACAUGCUUUAAAGCUAGACUUGCAAAGUGUUGUUUUAUGAUAUCCCAACGUUUGGUAGAAUCUGAAAAAAAAAUGGGUAAGUGUUAUUUUGGCCAGCCUAAAAUUUUUGAAAACUCUAGUGGCGCCCCUUAUUUGUUGGCGCCUGUGUGCACCGCACACAUUGCACACGUGGACGGCGCGGCCCUGCUUGUUUUAAUUCAAUAAAAUAGUUGGGCUACAGUGUCACCUCUUCCA